AGUGCAUGGUCAGUUCAGUCAUUGUACAGUUAUGUAGCUUCUAUUGGGUCUGGUCGCAUGUUGUGACGCAUUGCGGGGGAGGGGCAAUGAGGACAAUAUAUAUGGUAGCGCAUGGAUUGAGAAAGUACCAUUUCGGAAUGUUCAAGGCCGGGGGAAGCAUUUUGAGCAAAUAUUGUAUUAGCACGAUGCACCCUUCUCAGUCUAAAAGGCCGUCUUGCAAGUAUUCAAAGUUGAAAAGAUCGGCGGAGGGGUGAACGCGCAUAGUUAUCAGUCGACAUUGAUAAUCAGGCUCGGAGAUAAUCAUUUUGCUUAAGCCCGGGCAUCAUUGCGGAACAUUAUUACCCCGACAGAUUUUCUCCAUUCGCUUUUUUUUGUCGGCUCAAAAGCAUACUUUUGAUUGCGACAUUGCUGGCCCACGACGGAGAUAUCGCGAGUCUUCAAUCAAAUAAUCAUGGCCACUUCACAGCCCCCUCUCCGCUUUACCGGUCAUAAGAACUUUGUGUAUCGCUUGGUUUUUGCAACCUUGACUGGCCGCACGGUGCAUAUCUCCCAAAUCCGCCCUUCAUCUCCUACCAACCCUGGUCUUGCUCCGCAUGAAAUUUCCUUUCUUCGUCUCCUAGAGGCUGUCACCAAUGGCUCCCAACUUGAAAUUUCGUAUACAGGAACAAUUGUGGUUUACAAACCGGGUCUUAUUACUGGGAGUGGUGCAGGAGCAGGCAGUGGUGGUGUGAUCAGACAUGAGCUUCCGGCAGGUUGUAAUCGCGGUGUGAGCUACUACCUUUUGCCUCUUUGCCUUUUGGCUCCGUUCUCCAAGGCUCCUAUAAAGGUUCUCUUUACCGGCCCUGGUGUGAUCACUUCAUCUACGCCAACAGGUGAUAUGUCCGUGGACAGCGUGCGAACCGCGAUCUUGCCGCUCUACAAUCAAUUCGGCAUAUUCAACAACAUCGAACUUCGCAUCCUACGAAGAUCUAACCCUGGACAUAACGGCCGAGGAGGUGGUGGAGAAGUUCAGCUGGUCUUCGGCCACCAAGUGCGUCUCCCGAAAACUCUUCACAUGAUGAACCCGGGUAGAAUAAAGAAGAUUCGCGGUGUAGCCUAUGCCGUCGGUGUCUCAGCUUCCAACAACGCGAGAAUGAUCGAAACCGCUCGUGGUGUUCUCAACCCACUUGUACCGGAUACUUACGUUUUCUCUGAUGUGUCCUCCGCCCCGCUGAUUCCUGCCCCGGAGAAGAACAAUCCUUCGGCUAAGAAGAAGAUCGGUCUUGGAUUCGGUUUGUCGCUUGUUGCAGAAUCCUCGACUGGUUGCCUCUUUUCCGCAGAUGUGGCAUCCCCGCCUUCAGGUGGCCAGGCUCCUGAGGAUAUUGGAAAGCAGUGCGCUUAUCAGCUGCUUGAAACCAUCUCGAAAGGUGGUUGUGUUGCCCCCGCUGCAGCAGCUACCAUGUUGGGUCUUAUGACAAUGGGCUCCGAGGAUGUUGGCCGGCUUCAACUUGGCCGUGAUGUGAUUGCCGACGAAGGUGUAAUCCAGCUGGCAAGAGACUUAGCAACAUUUGGCGCGCCUGGUUGGGGUCUUAGAGAGGCUGCCGGAGAAAAUGAGCGUGGUGACGUCGUUGUCAGUGUGGUUGGACGGGGUAUUGGAAAUGUUGGACGAAAGGUUGCUUGAUUGCGUGCUCACGGUGCGAGCCUCACUUUGAUUCGUGCAGCCAUUCUGGUCAGCUGCCGCAAGUUUACAUUCAUCGAUAACUGGAGGUUCAAUAGCCAGGUAACAGCCUUGUUUCAGAAUUCGACCAUUUAACAGCCGAUCGACAUGAAACCCGACCUUGGUACCCGAACAGCGUGAAUUCUCACGGCGUUUCAUAAUUCGCGAUCGCAGGGAGGCCGAUUACACGUCACUUCUUAUCUCUACAAGUGCCUGACCUCGGUAGUCGGACGGUGGGAUUUGAA